CCAGACGACGUCACGUCCUCGUGAGUAACCAUACAUUGUGGGUUCUAAACUAGGCGCAGGCUCAGAGGAGAAAGUGAUAUCUUCGGUAAAGCUAAGGCUCCUCCUGAAAGAUGAUUAGAAUUCUUUGUAAUUUCUGCACAAACUCAUGGAUCCUUAGUAAAAGAAAAGUUUCUGUACACUCUGUGGUAAGCUACCAAAGAAUAGUACUGGGAAUAGAAACAAGCUGUGAUGAUAGUGGUGCUGCUGUUGUGGAUGAAAAUGGUAAAAUACGAGGAGAAGCACUUAUUUCCCAGAAAAAUGUUCAUUUAAAAACUGGAGGCAUAAUACCAAGUGUAGCACAACAGCUUCAUAAAGAUAACAUUGAUAGAGUCGUGAAUGAAGCUGUUCUGUCUAGUGGCAUUUCUCUGCAUGAGGUUUCGGCCAUUGCCACAACAGUGAAACCUGGGCUUGCGUUAAGUCUUGGAGUGGGUCUUUCAUACAGCUUAAACUUGGUUAAGCGUUAUAACAAACCCUUUAUCCCAAUACAUCAUAUGGAAGCUCAUGCAUUAACUAUUCGAUUAUUGCACCAAUUGGAUUUUCCUUUUUUGGUGCUUCUAAUUUCCGGAGGCCACUGCAUUUUAUCUGUCGCUAAUGGUAUAUCAGACUUUCUGCUACUUGGACAGUCACUAGAUGAAUCACCAGGUGAAGUCUUUGACAAGGUUGCUAGGAGACUCUCAUUGUUUAACCAUCCAGAAUGUUCUUCAAUGAGUGGAGGACAAUCCAUAGAGUACUUGGCUCAGUUUGGUGACAAGAGGUUUAUCAAACACAGUCCUCCAAUGGCGCAGUACCAAGACUGCAACUUUUCUUUUGCUGGAUUGCGCAACCAUUAUGAUCGUCUUAUUCAAAAACUAGAAAAAAAGGAAGGUAUAAAGAACCAGGCAGUGCUUUCUUGUGCAGCUGACGUUGCAGCUUCAUUUCAACACUCUGUGGCGCAUCAUUUGGUCAAACGUACACAACGAGCUAUUUUGUUCUGCAAUAAAGAAAGACGUUUACCAUCUUCAAAAGCAUCACUGGUUGUUUCUGGAGGAGUUGCCAGCAAUGAAUAUAUUCGCAAAGUCUUAAGAAAUUUAACAGAUGAUAUGGAUAUGUCUUUGUUGUGUCCUCCACCACAACUCUGCACAGACAAUGGUGUCAUGAUUGCCUGGAAUGGUAUUGAGAGGUUACGCAUUGGUGUUGGAGUCGUAGAAAAUGCAGAUGACAUACGUUAUGAACCAAGAGCUUUGUUUGGAACAGACAUCUCAGAACAAGUCCGGGAAGCUUCAAUCAAGUUGCCUCCUCUUAAAUUUAUGAAAUAAAUUUUUGGCAGUGUAACUGGCAAUUUGAUACUUAAAGGAGUUCUUCAGGCUGGGGGUUAUAAAAUAACCUAUACUAACAUUCUCCGGUCUCCACCAGCUGCUGUGCCAAUGCUCUCAGUACUCGCAGGUCUGUGAUCUUUCAGGGUUCUGUGGCAUCCUGACCCCACAGCACCUACCUAUUUAGCUAAUGCACGACUGAGGCAGGACUCUACUUUGGCCACCGGUCGACUAAGUGAGCAAGUCCUGUGGCUUCCGGACUAACCACAUCCCCAAAGAAGCAGAGACCAGUGGAGUAUUGUGGCAUGGCAGCUUCUGGGGAACAAGAGGAGGUGAGUAUAGUUAAUUAUUUUUACAAUGCCUCAAACCCAGGAGCAAAUUUUAGUUUUGCCUGGACAACCCCUUUAAAGGCUAUGGACACCUUUUUUAAAUUAUUUUAAUUUGUGCUUUAUACUUAUUUGUGAUUUAUUCUUAUUAAUGAGUAGUCCUCUACCUUUGACGAAGCUGGUGUACCCGUAACACGUUGGAUAGGUUACUGUGUUACACAAUAACUACAAUUUUCUAAUGGCAAUGAACUGAUAACUACAAAUAGUGUGUGCAUAGGGGUGGUCAGCAGUCACUAGCCUUGGCUGGUAAACUGAUUCCUGAGCUUUGGAUCACUACAUACAGUUCAGUAUAGAGGUACUGAUGCACAUGCCUAGUAGGUAAAAACCAGGGAUAAACUAGUCUGAAUCCGCCUCUGAAAAACUAAACGCCUUUGAUCACAAGAGUGGUCUAAACUGAAUAAGCUAUGCAUUGGGUUUUUAGUUCACUUAUUAGUUUGUUCAUCAAAAAUUUAAGGGGGGGGGGGGUCCUUAAGUGGUUAGGGUUUGUGCCCCUUUGCAGAUAAUUCCCCAAGGGGUUGUUGUUGAUAUAUUUUGUGAUUGAUUGCACUUAUGGCACAAAAAUUAGCUGGCCUCUGUUAAUUCUUGCCCUUGUCCCUACCACCUUGGUCCACAGUCUGAGCUGGUUUGUCACCUCCUCCCUACUGCUAUCUCUUAAGCUAUAUUCACACAAGAGAAUGUCCGCCAGAUAAAUUACCAUGUGGACAUUCAACAGACAGCUGAGCUGAGCACCGGCAGAAUACAGAAUAUGCUGGCGCUAGGACCGCUCAGAAAUGCACCAUCUCAUAAAUAGCAAAAUCACAAAACUAAUUGUAAUAUUUAAAGUGUAAUCUAAGCACUAUCACCGAAAGAACACUUUAAAAUGUAACUUUUAAUAUUGAUUCUCUAAAAAUGUCCACAGAACGGACCACCAAUACAAAACACUUGUAAUUCUCAUAAAAUGAGAGGAUGAUAAACCACAGGAUCCCUGUAUAUCUUUCCCCAAGCAUAUAGGGCAACAGUACGGAUCCAAAAAGAUACCCACAAUGGGGCACUACAAAUGCUCCUAAAAUUAGGAGACUUACAUAUACAGUGGUCCCUCAACAUACGAUGGUAAUUCGUUCCAAACGACCCAUCGUUUGUCGAAUCCAUUGUAUGUUGAGGGAUCCGUGCAAUGUAAAGUAUAGGAAGCUGUACUUACCUGUCCCCGCUGCUCCGCACCAGGUCCUCACCGCUCCCGCUGCUGUUCCAGGGGCUCCCGAUGCUGUCCAGCUGCUCCGGUGUCGUCUUCGCGAUCCUCCGGUGUCUUGCGCAUCUUCUGCAGGGUCCGGGCCUCGCUUUCUGGUGACGUUAUUAUGCUGCUGCA